AGAGAAAAGAAAGGAAAAGUGAAAAUUGAGGAAAGGAAAGAAAGUUUAUAGCUUUUGGAGUUCCGUGAAGCUAGUAUGUAUAUCAAAUAGCAUAGCACAUGUAAUGAUUAUAAUAACGUGAUGAGGACAUGACGCCAUUUUCGCUCCCACACACACCGCUUACGCUUAGUGUGCAUAUGCUCACUCCCACACACUAUCUUUCUCUCUUCUUCUAUUCUUACUACUACUACUACUAGCAGCUUUCGAAAACGCACAUAGUAAUAGCCAACUAGGCAACCACAUUCAGUUGCCUAAAAUAAAUCAAACAACAAGAAGAUCUUCUUUCUUCUUCUUCUUCUUCUUAUUUUUUCAACCCUAUUUCCUCUCUUCGGAUCCAAUCCACAAAUUAUGAAGAACACUAACAAAAAUGUAAACCCUGUAAUUACCUUCGACCACAAGAGGGAUGCCUAUGGGUUUACUGUGCGACCUCAGCACCUGCAAAGAUACCGUGAAUACGCUAACAUAUACAAGGAGGAAGAAGAGGAAAGGUCGGAACGGUGGAAGUCAUUUUUAGAUAGGCAGGCUGAGUCUACUGAAUUGGACACAAAGGUAUCAACUGCAGGGGAAGAUGAGAAAGUUUCUGUUGAUGAAGCUGCGGAGCAAGAUGCAGAUGCCAGCUCAGAGAAGGCUGUUGAUGGAGAACAAGCGAGCGGCCGUACGCCUGGCAACGCUGAUAGUGCAGCUGAAAAUGGUGGUAAAAAGGAGGAGUUACCAGCACCUGAGGAGACACAAAUUCAUAGAGUCCAGUUAUGGACAAACAUAAGAUCGUCUCUUCAUAUUAUUGAGGAUAUGAUGAGCAUUCGUGUAAAGAAGAAAGGUGUGUCUGUAAAAGAUGAAAGAAACAAGAAAGGUGUGUCAAAAGAUGAACAGGUCAGUGACACUGAGAAAUCACUGUCUCAUUCUGAUGAUAUUAAAUCACCAAAAGGAGCAUGUGAGGAAGACUCUGAUGAGGAGUUCUAUGACGUUGAGAGGUCAGAUCCUAGUCCAGAUACUCCUCUUGUUGAUGGCUUGAAUAUCUCUGCAAAUGGUAUUGCUGCUGAUGCUGCAUCACUAGAGGCUUCAUGUCCUUGGAAAGAAGAGUUGGAAGUUCUUGUUCGUGGGGGAGUGCCAAUGGCACUGAGGGGAGAGCUCUGGCAAGCUUUUGUGGGUGUUAAAGCAAGGCAUGUAGAAAUGUAUUAUCAGGAUCUACUAGCCUCAAAUGGUGAUUCUGAAAUUAAAAUUAAUCAUCAAAGCUCGCAAUUAGACGACAGUGAUGGAAAAACAAAUGCAGAUUUCAUACAUGUACCAGAAAAAUGGAAAGGACAGAUUGAGAAGGAUUUGCCGCGGACAUUUCCUGGUCAUCCUGCUUUGGAUGAGGAUGGUAGAAAUGCUUUGAGACGAUUACUUACUGCAUAUGCUCGACAUAACCCCUCUGUUGGUUACUGCCAGGCCAUGAAUUUUUUUGCUGGCUUAUUGCUGCUUUUGAUGCCCGAGGAAAAUGCGUUUUGGACCUUAAUGGGCAUUUUAGAUGAUUAUUUUGAUGGCUAUUAUUCAGAGGAAAUGAUAGAGUCUCAGGUGGAUCAACUUGUUUUUGAGGAAUUGGUGCGGGAGAGGUUUCCCAAAUUGGCCAAUCAUCUAGAUUAUCUGGGAGUGCAGGUAGCAUGGGUUACUGGACCAUGGUUUCUUUCCAUUUUUGUGAACAUGCUGCCUUGGGAAAGUGUUCUUCGAGUUUGGGAUGUGCUUCUUUUUGAAGGAAAUCGAGUCAUGCUAUUUAAAACUGCAGUAGCUUUGAUGGAGCUAUAUGGUCCAGCAUUGGUAACAACAAAGGAUGCUGGAGAUGCAGUAACUUUACUUCAGUCAUUGGCCGGCUCCACAUUUGAUAGCAGUCAGCUUGUAUUGACAGCUUGCAUGGGUUACCAAAAUAUAAAUGAAGUUCGAUUACAGCAGCUGAGAAAUAAACAUAGGCCAGCUGUAAUAGCUGCAAUUGAAGAAAGAUCAAAAGGGCUUAAAGCUCGGAGGGAUUCUAAGGGUCUGGCAUCAAAGCUAUUUGAGCAAUCGGAUAACGUGCAAGUACUUGGGAGUUUGUCCCGUACAGAAUCUGGUUCUACUAAUGCAGAUGAAAUUCUGAUUAGUCUGACUGGAGACGGUGAGAUUGAUUCAGCUCCAGAUCUUCCAGAGCAGAUUGCUUGGCUGAAAGUUGAACUUUGCAGAUUACUAGAAGAGAAAAGAUCAGCUAUUCUCAGAGCAGAGGAGCUUGAAACGGCAUUAAUGGAGAUGGUUAAGCAGGAUAAUAGGCGGCAACUGAGCGCCAAGGUAGAGCAACUAGAAGAAGAGGCUGCUGAUCUUCGACAAGCACUUGCUGAUAAACAAGAACAGGAAACUGCAAUGCUUCAGGUCUUGAUGCGGGUGGAGCAAGAACAAAAGGUGACAGAAGAUGCUCGCAGGUUUGCUGAGCAAGAUGCAGCUGCACAAAGAUAUGCCUCCGAAGUGCUUCAGGAAAAAUAUGAAGAAGCAUCUGCUGCACUUGCAGAAAUGGAGAAGAGAGCGGUUAUGGCAGAAUCUAUGCUGGAAGCUACAUUGCAGUAUCAGUCUGGCCAAGUUAAACUGCAACCAUCUCCACGAUCUUCACAGCCAGAAUCUCCAGUAUCUAGAAACAAUCAAGAACCUACGACAGAUACACCUAGUCGGAGGAUAAGUCUGCUUUCUCGUCCAUUUGGACUUGGAUGGGGUGAUCGAAACAAGGGGAAACCUAUUACUGUGGAAGAGCCAGCUGAGGUAGAAAGUCCUAUCAGCCAAAAAGAGGGCAAUGGCCUUAAAGUACAGGAUGAGUUGGAAACAAGAUAGUAUCAAUAUUUCUCUUUGCCCUCCCCCCAGACGGUUUGAGGAGCAAGAAAUUAGUUCCCUGUCUGUAAUUUUUGUUCUGGGCGAACAUAUAUUUUCAUAUUUCAUUAAUUGUUUGUUCUUUAUGAUGUCAUAGAAUAAUAGUAUUGGAUUUAAUACAAAAAAAAAAAAAAAUUGUAUUGGAAAGUAAGUGUACGGUUGAGGUUAAUUGUGAUGCAUCUCACCUAUACUAUACAGGUCAUACUCAA